AUCUGGUUGUAGACGAAAAGUGAUUAUGACAUAGAGACGAGAGAAAAAAAAAGUGCUGAGGAUCCAUGUCUUCAUUUACCACAGUCAUCCAAAUUUUCUGAUGUAGUAGGCGGAUGAUCCGAGACUCUCGAACUUCGCGAAUGCACCCAAGUCCCGCUUAAGGCGUCAAUAUCAGUCAACUCCCUCCGACGUCUCAAGGCGGAAGGACCUGAACUCGAAUCAUAAUGGAUGAAGACGGACUUCCUCUUUCGGGCGUUGAUCUGAACAAGGUGCCUCCGAUACCUCAAAAACACACCGUGACAUUCUUGAAUCACUAUCUUUCGCGAUCGUCACAACUCCUCAAUGGUUUGUCAGGGGCCGCUGAACGGAAGCUUGAGAAAGUGCUGACGCAGCUGCAGCAGAUCGAAGCCGGAGUCUGCAUACUCGAAGCAAAGUUGGAUUCGAUACCGGGUAUGACCGAUGGCAUAACUCCCGAACCAGACCCCGAGCCCGUCAAACAGCCUCCACCGGUGGUCACGACGCAACCGACGAAAUCGACAUCGGAUCAAGAACCGACUCCUUCCUCGCCUGCCCCUUCCCAGGCUCCGGCGGCUGUAGAGAGCGCACCGCUCGAAGAGCCGGGAGGUGCGGAAUCGCAAGCGAUCCAGCCGAUUUGUAAGGAUCCUCGAUUCCGGAUGUACUUCGACAUGCUCAAGAAGGGUGUGCCCUUACCUGGCGUUCAACAGAAGAUGAUGUUAUCGGGAGUGGAUCCAGAACUCAUCCUCAACCCGAAUGCACCAGCGCCUCCUCCGGACCCUGACGACGAAGAAUGAGAGAGACGCUCGAGACUUUGAGUCGGGAUGCAAGGUUCCGUGCUCUUCUGUUCUGUUUCGUCCCAGACGUAUAUCAUUAUGAGCGGGAAUCAUAGUAAUUCAUUCCGCGACUGUUUAUAUAAAACCGUUACCCAUGGCUGUACAAUUGAUGGUGAAUAUGAAGAUCGCUCCCAGAUCAGGAACUUUU